GUGCCAGAGAAUUCCGGAGAGUUCCCCACAUGUGAAGAAAACAUGGGGACACUAUUUAGAAUUUUUCUCUCUAGCUAGUAUUUAUUCUACGGUCAGCACCAAGAAUGAAGAAUCUUUAGCGUUUACUGUGAUUGACUUAACAUAUUUUCUUAACCUGAAUUCAACAUUUAUUGCGCUAGCAAACGUUUGAGCGCCCAAGUUAGGCAGCUAAUUUAGCCACCUUGGUAACAUCUAGCUAGCUAGGUAAGUUAGCUAUGAUGGAUAACUCGGACGAAAAUUCGGUACAGUUCCACGGGGAUGAAGAGAUCAUAGAAGUCAUCGACCUAAACGAAACAGAGCAAAGCGCAGAUGAUUUGGCGGAUGAGUUCGAGGACGUGGACGUCGGAGACGCUGGGGACGGAGACGAUGAACAGGAAGACUGGGAUACCGACGACGAGAUGGAGCAGGAAAAAGAACAAGACGACAGCGAACUCACCUUUUCCAAACACACUGGAUCUGUAUUCUGUGUGAGUCUGGACCCGGCCACUAACAGCUUGGCUGUGACCGGAGGAGAGGACGACAAAGCCUAUGUCUGGAGAGUGAGUGACGGGGAAGUGCUGUUUGAAUGCACAGGCCAUAAGGACUCUGUGACGAGUGUUCUAUUCAGUCAUGACUCUUCCCUGGUGGCCACGGGGGACAUGAGCGGGCUGAUCAAGGUCUGGAAGGUGGAGACCAAGCAGGAGGUGUGGUCGUUCGAGGUGGGAGACCUGGAGUGGCUGGAGUGGCACCCCUGCGCCCCAGUGCUGCUGGCGGGCAUGGCGGACGGUAACGUUUGGAUGUGGAAGAUCCCAGGGGGUGACUGUAAGACCCUGCAGGGCCCCGGCUGCCAGGCAACCAGUGGAAAGGUCCUCCCAGACGGGAAGAGAGCUGUGGUGGGCUAUGGAGAUGGGAACGUACGACUUUGGGACCUGAAGCAGGGAAACGCCACCCAUGUGAUUAAAGGUCAUGAUGGGCACCAGGGGGCGCUGACGUGCCUGGCCUGUAACAAGGACGGCUCUCUGGUGCUGACGGGCUCCGUGGACGGCUGUGCCAAGCUCAUCAACACUGCCACUGGCAAGGUGUUGGGUGUGUUCUCCGUGGACGGGGGCAAAGCCAAAGCCUCUCUGGAGGAUGCUGAGGAGACCAACUCGGUGGAGUCAGUGGGGUUCUGCAAUGUGUUGCCCCUGAUAGCGGUGGCGUAUCUGGAUGGGACCCUGGCUAUCUAUGACCUCUCCUCACAGGUCCUCCGACACAAGUGCCAGCACCAGGCUGGCAUUGUUCAUCUGCAGUGGGAGGAGUCCUCCUCUGUGGUGUCCACCUGCAGUCUGGACGGUGCGGUGAGGCUGUGGGACGCCCGCUCCGGGACCAUGGUGUCAGAGUACCGCGGCCACCAGGCGGAGAUCCUCGACUUCACACUCAACAGAGAAGCAUCUAUGGCGGUCACUGCCUCUGGAGACCACCAGGCCAAAGUCUUCUGCCUCCAACGACCAGACCGUUAAUGGGGGGAGUAGAGGGAGAAAGAGAGAGAGAAAUGGGGAUGGACUCACCCUUCUACUUUUCCCUGUCAACAAUAGUCACAAACAGAUGAACGGACUUCGGCCGGGAUUCAAUCCGAAUGCACCUUUUAAAGGCAAUGUUCCCGUGUUUGUGGAGACCGCAUUAACGGUGAACACUGCAUAUGUCGGCUCAAUCGGAAAUUGUCCUUUAAAUGGCGCAUUGUCGACAAAGCACGAUCGGAUUGAAUCCUGGCCUUUCAUUGUGUUUUCUCACAACUGAGGGUUUUUGAAGGGUCUUGUCUCUCUGAUCCAUAGUAGACCUGCAGUGUUAUAGGUUCUAGAACUGACAGCCAUUCUACUCAGGGUUCUCAAGUAGAACCCACACAAAAGAUAUGCAUUCUAAGUGGUGUGGAUGUUGGAACACAUCAACCUAGAGGCAAUGAAGCAUCUAACAGUAGACCAAUGUGAUAUGUCGUGUGGUCCUUGAUUUAUCACUAAAUACGCUUACAUCUGUA